GAGGUUCCCAGGCUAGAGGUUGAAUCGGAGCUACAACUGCCAGCCUUUGCCACAGCCAGAGCAACUCGGGAUCCGAGGCGUGUCUGAGACCUACACCACAGCUCACGCACCGCCAGAUCCCUGACCCACUGAGUGAGGCCAGGUAUGGAACCCUCAUCUCUCCUGGAUCCCAGUUGGAUCUGUCUCCGCUGAGCCACAACAGGAAUUCCUAGAGCAAGAUGUUGAGUGUUGGGAUAGUGCAGACACAAUACACAGUGGGUCUGUGGGCACUCCUUUUUCCCGUUUUAUAUUCUUGCCUCCUUUGUUGAAGAUCAAUUGACCUUAGGAGUCUGAGGCCCUAAAAAGGAAAAAAAAAAAAAAGGAAAAAUCCCAAUCAUCUUGGAUAACACAGGAUUGCCAUAAAUCUUCAAUUUGCAAAAAAAAAAAAAAAAAGAAAAAGAAAAAAGAAAUGCAGUGUCUUCCAAGCCCAGUAAAGCAAGGUGUGCCUGUACACAUAUAUGUUCAUAUGUUUAUGUGUAAUUAAUAUGCAUAAAAUAGGUACAUGUAGUUUAAGUACUAAAAAGACACGUGUUACUCUUCCCUGUUCAUCUGGAAUUCACUGUCUCGCGGCAUCGUGUGUGUUUCUUUGCUGUGUCUCUCACCCCUCGGUCUCUGUGUAUGCUCUCUACAUUCUCAUUUCCUCUUAGAGAGACAUUGAGUGCAUUGGGUUAGGGGUUAUCCCAAUGACCUGCUUGUCCUGAAUUCCCUCUCUAAGGGCCUGUCACCAAAUACAGACACACUCUGAGGUAUGAGGGUUCUGUUUGCAGAACAAAGGACCCUAAAUGCCCAAGUGCCCAGCUGGAUUGGAGGGAAGACAGGAUGAUGGGAAAUCGGGGUGGGGAAAGAAGGGCCUGAGGGACAACUAGGAACACACACAUGUGGGCAGAACACAUCCCAGGUUUUGCCUUGAGGAACCACAACCGAGAGAAAGUGCCUUACACCAAACAUGUGAAACUGGCAUGUCAUCACCACUCUUCUAAAGCUUUGGCCAGCUGCCCUGAGCUGCUUCCCUGUCUGGAUCCCGAACAGUUAUCAGCCCCUUGGGGACAGAAACCCGGGUCUCCACCAUGGCCUGGUGUCAAUUCUGUCACUCGGGAAAGCUCAACCAAUAUUUGCAAGGGAUCGACUCUAUGUAGGAGACUCCUACAAAGGAAGUGGAGGACGCUUAGGACCUGGACUUACUUCAAGCUUACAAGGUUCUUUCUCUCACCUACAGAUGUGACUCUGAAACUUAGCGACAGCCUCCAUGGGUUGCCCCAUAGAGAGGGGGUCAGUCCGGGCUGUGUACCUCCAGAACCAGAGCCCUUCACUCUACUCUUAAACGACCCUUCCCUUCCUUCCUGUGGAUCUUCCACGCCCUCGUCCAGUGCCUAGACAUCACCUAAUAGCCAGAAGAAGGACAGAAAAACUCCCUGAGGGAUUGUUGGUUUGGAUGAAGAGCUCAGAUUCCUUUCUCACUCAGAACUCCUUCUAGUGGCUGAGAUUAGAAACUUUGCAUGAUAGGAGUUCCCCUUAUGAUGCAGGUAUUAACUAUAUUAAAUAUUUUAAAAUUAAAAGUAAAAUGCAAUACCACUAGACAUGCUCCAGAAGAGCUAGAAUGAAAACGAUGGGGAAAAAAACAAAAGAAACAGGGUUUGGUGGAAUGUGGAGUGCGGAUAUUCUGCUGUUGGAAAUAGAAAGAGGUGUCACCUCUUCUAGGGAUGUUCCCAACACAGUUUGACCCAAAUAUGCACGACGACACAUCUACUAGAGGUUCAUCUCAGCUCUCCUUGUGGUGGCUCCCCACUGGAGCCGACCUAAAAGCCCAUGGAGACAGGACGGGGUCAGUUCUUUGUGAGGGAUGGACAUGAUUUCUUCCAGCUUCGAUGGGAUACAAGUGCCCAAAACGCUGGGUAAUUUUUAGGUGGAGACUGUGAUGAGCUGAAGUUUUACCUGCCUGCAGGGAGUCUGGGCCCUCUCAGUUCCCUGCAACAGCCCUGCAGAGGGACCUGCAAACCCAAGAUACAUGAAAGGUACAUGAAGCUUAGCGACAGCCUCCAUUGGUCCGUUUAUAGAGCACCUGACGUGAGACAACGUCAAUUUCUGCUGCUGGAUCAGGACAGAGGUCCUCCUAGGAGGAGUGGGGACUGGAUUGGCAGUGGGGGGAGGGGAGGUUCCAGGGUGCUGGCAGUAUUUCUGCUUGGCUUCUUUUUUUUCCCCCUAUGGUCUUUUUAGGGCCGCACCCUCACAUACGGAGGUUCCCAGGGUAGGGGUUCUAAUCAGAGCCACAGCUGCCAGCUUACACCACAGCCACAGCAACGCCAGAUCUAAGCCGAAUCUGCGACUACAUCACAGCUGAAGAUCAUGCUGGAUCCUUAGCCCACUGAGCGAGGCCAGGAAUGGAACCCGAAACCUUGUGGUUCCUGGUUGGAUUGGUUUCCGUGUCAUCAUGAUGGGAACUUCUUCCCUGCUUGUCCUAAUGUCCAGCAAUUCUCCUUCUGCGGACUCACCCAGAAGAACCGAAGGCACCCUCCAGAAGAAUUCUCUGUACAGCCUUGUUCAUGGCAGCGUUGCUCACAAGAGCUAGAACACGCAGCACCCCAAGUGCCCACGGACCAACGAAGGGCUGUCGGAGGUCGUGUGUACACACAGCAGCGUGUUGUUCAGCAUUAAGAAGGAAGGGAAUGCUAACACAUGCCGCACCGUGUGUCUACCUUACAGACGUCCUGCUAAGUAAGGUGAGCUUUUCUGCAAAGGAGAACUUGGAAUGACUCCACUUAAGUAUUGUAAGAGGCACCUGGAGCGGUCAGAUGCCUAGAGACAGAAAGUGGUAGGGAGAUUGCGAGGAACCGGGAGAGGAGAGGGGGUUUGUUGGUGCAUGGGUACGGUUUCAGUUGUGCAAGAGGCAAAACGUUCUGGAGUUGGGUGGCACAAAAUGUGAACAUAGGUUACCGUGACUGAACUGGACCCUUAAAAUGGAUGAAAUGGAAAUUUGAUGUGCAUUAUAUAUUUCAGUUGUGGGGAGGGAGUGGGAUGGAUUGGGAGCUUGGGGUUAAUAGAUGCAGACUAUUGCCUUUGGAAUGGAUUAGCAGUGAGAUCCUGCUGUGUAGCACUGAGAACUAAGUCUAGUCACUUUCAUGAGCAUGGUAAUGUGAGAAAAAAGAAGGUAUACCUGUGUCUGUAACUAUCUCACCAUGCCGUACAAUCGGAAAAAUAAACUGUAUUGGGGAAAUAAAAAAAAAAUUUAACGCCUGUAAAAAACGAUCUCAGAACCAUGCCCUGAGGGUAACCACAGACCUGUCAAGGGCUGAUAGCAACACUCCAGAUGCUCCCACCCACCCAGCCCCAGCCCCACCCAACAACCCAGGGGUUAAGCCUUGUCCUUGGGGCUCAGGGACUCCCUGCUUCCCUCUUUGGAGCGGAGGCAGCUCCAGCCCCACACAGCUUAACCUCAGCUUCCCUGACUGAUCCCUGCUCCAGGCUCUGCUCCAGGAAUCCAGGCGUAGCCUCCUCAAUAUGUCCAGGAUGCUGUGUCAGUCAAUUUGCCUAUUUGGUCAGAAGCUGGUCCGCAGGAGGUCACUGGAGCCCAGGGAUGGGUCUGAGGGUCGAAUGGCUCGUUGUCUGAACACCCUUGACCUCGUGUCCUUGGGUGUGGGCAACACCCUGGGCGCUGGCGUGUACAUCCUGGCUGGUGCAGUGGCCAGGGACAUAGCUGGACCAUCGAUUGUCCUCUGCUUCCUGGUGGCCGCCCUGUCUUCUGUGCUGUCUGGGCUCUGCUAUGCGGAGUUUGGGGCCCGGGUACCAUGCUCCGGUUCUGCGUAUCUCUACAGCUACGUGACAGUGGGACAACUGUGUGCCUUCAUCACUGGAUGGAACCUCAUACUCUCCUAUAUCAUAAUGAAUGUUCCGUCUUCUGUCACUGCAGUUGCCGCCAGCGUGGCCAGGGCCUGGAGCUCCGCCUUCGACAGCCUGAUCAGGAACCACAUCUCUCAGGUGUUCAAGGAAACUUUCUCCCUGCAUGUGCCCCACUUCCUGGCCAAGUACCCAGACUUUUUUGCCCUGAGCCUGGUGCUGCUGCUCAUGGGAGUACUGGUUCUGGGAGUUCGCACGUCAGCCCUGGUUAACAAAAUGUUCACAGGCAUCAACCUCUUGGUACUCAGCUUCAUCAUCCUCACUGGCUUCAUUAAGGGAGACCUGCACAACUGGCAGCUCACAGAACAGGACUACAAACUGGCCACAGCUGGAUCCAAUGACACCUCUAGGCUGGGCCCUCUGGGUUCUGGAGGGUUUGCGCCUUUUGGCUUUGGCGGGAUUCUCCGAGGAGCAGCCACGUGUUUCUACGGGUUCAUUGGUUUUGAUAUCAUUGCCACUGCAGGGGAAGAAGCUGUAAAUCCUCAGCGUUCCAUCCCCUUGGGCAUCGUGAUCUCACUCUUCGUCUGCUUUUUGGCCUAUUUUGGGGUCUCCGCAUCACUCACCCUCAUGCUGCCCUAUUAUCAGAUUCGUCCUGACAGCCCCCUGCCCCAGGCUUUUCUCCAGGUUGGGUGGGCCCCCGCUGGAUACAUUGUGGCUGUUGGCACCCUCUGUGGUCUUUUAUGUAGCCUCCUGGGUGCCAUGUUCUCUAUGUCUCGAGUGACCUUCGCCAUGGCAGAUGAUGGGCUCCUUUUCCGGGGACUUGCCUGGCUCCAUGCCCGCACACGCACCCCUCUGGUGGCCAUCGUGGCUUCUGGAACUCUUGCAGGGAUCAUGGCCUUACUUUUCAAGUUCAGUGACCUGGUGGACCUCAUGUGCACAGGGACCCUGCUUGCUUACUCCCUGGUGGUUUUUUCUGUCCUUGUCCUCAGAUACCAGCCAGAACACAAUAUAAGCAAGAAUGACAGAACACAGGACACAACUGAAGUGGAUCCUGAAGUGAAAGCAAGUCCUUUGGAAUCUGUACCUGAAGGGAUAAUCUCGAGGACUCUAAAGUGUCUGUGUAACCCUAUCAGCACCACCCCAACUCUGAAAUCUGGCCAGAUUGUCUAUGGAUGUGCCUUCCUGCUAGCUCAUCCUUGCAGUAUUUCUACUGACCAUCCUGAGCCUGCUUCUGGCCCUGUGGCCGAGCCAAGUAUUCUCUGGAGACCCCGGGUUCACAGCAGGGGCUGUGCUGCUGCUGCUGCUCAUUGCGGGGAUCACUGUCAUCAUUUGGAGGCAGCCCCAGAACCCCUCUCCUCUUCCCUUCAGGGUCCCUGCUCUGCCCGUCCUCCCAGUGCUGAGCAUCUUUGUGAAUGUCUACCUGAUGAUGCAGAUGUCCUCUGUGACCUGGGCCCAGUUUGGCAUCUGGAAUGCCAUGGGACUGGCCAUAUACUUUGGAUAUGGGAUCCGACACAGCCUGGAGGAGAGGAGGGAUCCACAGCUACCAGCCUCCACCUCCCAGACUCUUCAUGAACACACCCCUGGUGCUGAAUCCUCUUAAUCACAAGAAGUAGAUGCUGUGUGGUUCCCUCUAUUCCUGGGAGGCAUCUCCUUGUUCAAGGGACACUUUGAGCCUCUGUGGAGGAUGCAGGCAGGAGGCAUUUAGAGCCCUGUAUUUAUUGCCAGUGGACACAAUGACUUUACCCUACAAUGUUUACUGACCUUUUAAAAGCGUAGUGUACAUACAGAAAAGUGCCUGCUUCCUAAGUGUGAAGCAAGAUGAAUUUUCCGAAGAAAAUGCAGCCGUGUCACAAGCAACCAGGGGAAGAAACACAACACUAACCUGCAUGAAAGAGGUGCUCUCUUGGAGUUCCCGUCGUGGCUCAGUGAUUAACAAGUCCAACUAGGAACCAUGAGGUUGUGGGUUCGAUCCCCGGCCUUGCUCUGUGGGUUAAGGAUCCAAUGUUGCCGUGAG